CAGUGGGAGGAGGGUGAGGAAGGAGAAACCUGUCCCUACUGCCCCAGGCCAUCCAUUCAGAAAGAAAACACUAUCACUAACAUCAGGACCUAGUUAACUACCUUGAUUUACACCAGCUCUCUUGGAAGGCAACGGAGAUAUUUAGUUGUCCAUGGGAUAUAUAAAAUACCAAGAAAGCACAGAGCAGAAGUGUGUCAGCAUAUUCUAGCAUUGUCAACAUGACUCAGCAGAAACAAGAAUCUACUUCCUCCUCUGCCAACUACUCUUUCUCUCUCUUUUUUUGCUGCCUUUAUUUUCUCAUUGGUGAGAUCAGGUUACUUCACGGAAGGGAGGAAAGAAGAAUACAUUUUAAGUUAAAGGAACAGGAACUUGAUGCUAAGCUAACCGCUAACUUGCUAGCCCCUCUCUCAUUGUUUCCCUAUGGGAGACUAGCGCAAGCUAAUGGCUAACUUCGCCUUGUCCCCCUGUAGGAGACGAGGUACCAGCUCCUGCAGCUGCGGCCAGCCCAGAGGGCUUCAUGGAUCGGCUACGCCAUCGCCUAUCACCUCCUAGAGGACUACGAGAUGGCUGCCAAGAUAGUAGAGAAGUUCAGGAAAACACAACAGACGUCUCCAGACAUGCUGGACUAUGAAUACAGUGAGCUGCUGCUGUACCAGAACCAGGUACUGAGGGAGGCUGGACUCUACAGGGAGGUUCGGGACCAUCUCACCACCUACAAGAAACAGUUCUGUGACAAACUGGCCGUCGAGGAGACACGAGGAGAGUUGUUUUUGAACCUGGAUCGUCUGGAUGAAGCUACAGAGGUCUACCGUCGUCUACAGGAGAGAAACCCUGAGAACUGGUCCUACUACCACGGCCUGGAGAAGGCCCUGAAGCCUGGCAGUGUGGAGGAGCGACAGAAGAUCUAUGAGGAUUACUGGGUAUCCUAACGGACUGGUGUAUCCUUAAGGAAAGGACUGGUGCCCAGACGACUACCCCUCACCUUCCUCUCUGGUAUCAAUAAUUGAAGACUUAGUAGUUGGAUAUGAAACAUCGUUAAAUAGCUGCAGAAUGUUCAAUCGGAAUGAUGACGGUAAGGAGGAGCCUCCCACCACGUUGCUAUGGGUACAGUACUUCCUGGCGCAGCACUACAAUAUUAUUGGCCAGCAGACGCUGGCUCCGGAGUACAUCAACACGGCCAUCGAGAGCACGCCCACUCUCAUAGAACUGUUCCUUAUCAAGGCCAAGAUAUACAAGCGGACAAAAUGAUGGUGUGUCUGGACUCCUCUACAGAAACCAAAGCCGUGGAGCUGGCCACCGCACUGGACGAGUCACUCAGCAACAGGAGUAGCAGCAACAGGAGUAGCAGCAACAGGAGUAGCAACAACAGGAGUAGCAACAACAGGAGUAGCAGCAACAGGAGUAGCAACAACAGGAG